AUGGUCCUCCUUAGCAAGUUGGCAGCCACUGUCGCUGUCUGCGUCCUUCCGGCCCUUGUCGGGGCUCAACGGUCACCACCCCCACCUCCGGGCCGCGGCCCCCCAGUCUGGGGCCCUCCACCCCGUAGUCCCCCGCCCCCAGGACCACCAGGUCGAGGACCACCAGCCCGAGGACCGCCGCCUCCAGGGCCUCCGCCUCCAGGGCCUCCGCAUCCGGGGCCACUGGGCCAGGCAGCGUCAGUCGCGACAUCGGGGAACCCUGCAUCGCGACCCACGACUUCGCAGGUAUCUGCCCGAGUCUCGAUACGACCUACGUCUACAAGUGCAGUACAAAGGCCUACCACAACCACUUCAACCUCCUCCCGCCCCUCCGCCGCAGCUGUAUCGUCGUCCACAUCCAGCAGGCAGGCACAAGUGUCCCCAUCGCCAUCCACACCGUAUGCGAUUACGGGUCUGAAGACGGGCGUAGACAGCUCGUCUGGUCAGCGGCCGCUGCGCCAGAACAUCAAUGACCUUCAGGCUUCCGGUGCACAAUGGGAUCUGUACAUACUGGGCCUUGCUGCAAUGCAAAACGAUGCUCCGGAGAAUGACAUGUUAUCGUACUUUCAGAUCAGCGGCAUCCACGGGCGACCCUACAUCCCUUGGAACGGCGUCCAGGCGGUAUCGGGUGGUUCCGGCGGCGGCUACUGCCCUCACGGUCAAGUCCUUGGCAGCCACAUCCAGGCCAUCGCCGCCAACUAUAGCGGCAGUCGCGCGGAAGAGUACAAGACAGCAGCCGAUAACUGGAGACAUCCUUACUGGGACUGGGCGGCCGACGGCGGUGCCCAGCUUCCCUCGAUCGCAACGCAGGCAACCAUCACCGUUAACGGGCCUGGCGGUCAAGUUAACAUGGCAAACCCAUUACUGGGAUACAAAUGGCAAAGGUUCCCCUUGAACACGGCCUCCAGCUACUUUCCAACGAGUGGCGACCGUAACUGCUGGGGUUUCCCCGUGACGACGCGGUGGCCGGACUCGAACGGGAACAACCGGCCAACCUUGGCCAACAGAGAGCUUAGCCAGGAUGAUUUGAAGGCGAAUACGUAUAAUGUCUUUACCACCGCCACAGACUACGAGACGAUGGCCAGCACGGGGAGCUCUGGAAACAGCUUCGAGGACGUACACAACUCGGUGCAUUCAGCAAUCUACGCGGUUAUGGCUUACAUAGAAUAUUCUGCCUUUGAUCCGCUCUUCAUGUUGCACCAUACCAAUGUCGACCGCCUCAUCGCCAUGUGGCAGGCUAUACACUACAAUGACAAGACGCAGACCCAAACCUUACCAUCCGGAGCUCUCUUUGCCACGGCAGCCAACACGCCAAUAACCGCAGACAGUCCUCUCAAGCCCUUCUACCGCGACACGUCUGGCAACUUUCACACAGGCAGAACGGCCUCUGAAAUCAAGAACUUUGGCUACUCGUAUCCCGAGAUCAUUGACUGGAACCAAAGCCAGGACGCCCUAGCCCGCCAGGUGACAGUGUCAGUCAACCGGCUGUACGGCCCGAGCAGCACAAGCAGGAAGGUUCGCCGCAAGCAUCGCCGUUCCAGCUGCAACUCCCAAAGAAAUCAAGCAGGCACCUAUGCACCGCCGGCCACAUUCCAGCCUGAUGCCCCGCACAAGAAGUACUCGGCCUUGGUCGAUCUGGAGCGCAGCGAGCUGCCGUUGCCUUGCAGUGUCUCCGUCUACGUGGACGGCGAGUUCGCCGGGAAGAUAAGCGUCAUGAGCAUGCCGGCAUCAGGAAUGAUGCAUAGUGCUGUGUCGCUCAACACGGCAUUGGAAAAGCUGGGCAAGAGUAUGGCCAUCCCAGAACCCCAGGGAAACAACAGCAGUUCUACAACAGACAGUACAACGGUGCAACAGCCAGCGGUUUCUUCUGACGACAAAGAGAUCAUUCAGAAGCAACUGUCCGUCGUUAUACAGAGCAUAAAUGGAACCAUUGUCCCAGUUUCCUCAGCGCCCUCCCUCAAGAUGAAAGUCGAGCUACAGCAUGUUGCGCCGCCCCUAUCUGAGGACAGCUUGCCAACCCUAACUCCUAUCACUACGGGUCCUCUGGCUAAGCCUGUAGACUAUAGUGCGUAG